UGGGGAGCCAGAGAAGUCUUCCCUCGCCCUGAGGAUGCGGCGAAGGUUGGCGCCACUGAGGGUCUGUGUGAGGGGGGCGUCGCCGAGUUCAGCCCCACCCUCUGCCGCUUCCCCAGCGGGUCGGGCGUUCGCCUCUCGUGGCCAGAAGGCGGGGAGCCAGAGGCGCUGGGGACCCCCGCGUGGCGCUCCAGCAGCCCGGACCAUCGCGGCACCGCGCCUUAGGGAAGAGCAGGGAAGGAACUUUCUCUGAACCGCGAACAUUUUUGGUCACUGAGAUUGAGCCUUCCGGUGCUCUGACUUCCCGCCUCUUUAUCUUGCGUUUGAUCGGUGAGCUGCUUUCCUUUCCCGAACCGCCCGGAGUGCCGCCGAAAGCCCUCCCGCGCGCCACAGUCCCCGGCAGAGGAAGGGAGGCGCGUACCUGCCGGUCCCCCAGAAGCCGUCGCCGCGCCGCGGACGCGGAGGGCCGGGCAGCAGUGCGCGGUGGCCCCGCGUCCCAGGAGCGCACAGCAAUGCAGGCGCUCAACAUCACCCCGGAGCUGUUCUCCCGGCUGCUGCGGGACCACAACCUGACGCGGGAGCAGUUCAUCGCUCUUUACCGGCUGAGACCGCUCGUCUACACCCCCGAGCUGCCCGGGCGCGCCAAGCUGGCCUUCGUGCUCACCGGCGUGCUCAUCUUCGCCCUGGCGCUCUUUGGCAAUGCUCUGGUGUUCUAUGUGGUGACCCGCAACAAGGCCAUGCGCACCGUCACCAACAUCUUUAUCUGCUCCUUGGCGCUCAGUGACCUGCUCAUCACCUUCUUCUGCAUCCCUGUCACCAUGCUCCAGAACAUUUCUGACAACUGGCUGGGGGGUGCUUUCGUUUGCAAGAUGGUGCCAUUCGUCCAGUCUACUGCUGUUGUGACAGAAAUCCUCACUAUGACCUGUAUUGCUGUGGAAAGGCACCAGGGACUUGUGCAUCCUUUUAAAAUGAAGUGGCAAUACACCAACCGAAGGGCUUUCACAAUGCUAGGUGUGGUCUGGCUGGUGGCAGUCAUCGUAGGAUCACCCAUGUGGCACGUGCAACAACUUGAGAUCAAGUAUGACUUCCUAUAUGAAAAAGAACACAUCUGCUGCUUAGAAGAGUGGACCAGCCCUGUGCACCAGAAGAUCUACACCACCUUCAUCCUUAUCAUCCUCUUCCUCCUGCCUCUUAUGGUGAUGCUUAUUCUGUACAGUAAAAUUGGUUAUGAACUUUGGAUAAAGAAAAGAGUGGGGGAUGGUUCAAUGCUUCGAACUAUUCAUGGAAAAGAAAUGUCUAAAAUAGCCAGGAAGAAGAAACGAGCUGUCAUUAUGAUGGUGACAGUGGUGGCUCUCUUUGCUGUGUGCUGGGCACCAUUUCAUGUCGUCCAUAUGAUGAUUGAAUACAGUAAUUUUGAAAAGGAAUAUGAUGAUGUCACAAUCAAGAUGAUUUUUGCUAUAGUGCAAAUUAUUGGAUUUUCCAACUCCAUCUGUAAUCCCAUUAUCUACACAUUUAUGAAUGAAAACUUCAAAAAAAAUGUUUUGUCUGCAGUUUGCUAUUGCAUAGUAAACAAAACCUUCUCUCCAGCACAAAGGCAUGGAAAUUCAGGAAUCACGAUGAUGCAGAAGAAAGCAAAAUUUUCCCUGAGAGACAAUCCAGUAGAGGAGACCAAAGGAGAAGCAUUCAGUGAUGGCAACAUUGAAGUCAAGUUGUGUGAACGGCCAGAGGAGAAAAAAAAGCUCAAACGACAUCUUUCCCUCUUUAGGUCUGAACUGGCUGAGAAUUCUACUUUAGACAGUGGGCAUUAGUCAUAACAAUAUCUUCACAAUUAAUGCCCUUCAGAUUGUAACCCAAAGAAAAAAUUAUUUUGAGCAAAGGUCAAAUACUUAUUUUAUUCUUGAGAUAAUGACGAGAAGGAAAUAAAUCAUGUUUCCAUUAAAAAACGACACGAGGUAGUCCAGGUGCAGUGAUGUUUACAACCAACUGAUCACAACCACUUAACAGAUUUCUGUGUUCCUUCUCCACUCCCACUGCUUCACUUGACUAGCCUUAAAAA